UUCACUAAAUAAUAUAGUGAAAGAAGGCAAACAGUAUUUGGAGCACAGAUUUGAAGAUCCAACAGCCGUCUCAUCUCCAGAUCAUGGGAUCCGUCGCUCUUUUUGAUUCUAACAAUUCUUCUUCAGGAAUGAAGAAGAAUAAGAAAGUCAAGAAUACAUCUUCCACCAAGAAAGAGAUGGCAAUUGAUAAAAAAACUCAAAAGCGUAAUAUUGCUCCUGAAAAUGGGGAACCAGCUUCAAAAAGGCCAAGGAGAGCUGCUGCAUGUACAGAUUUUAAGGAGAAAUCUGCCCGCAUAUCUGAAAAAGAUUCAAUUGUUGAGACAAAGAAGGAUAUGGUAGUAGAUGAUGAAAUUGUAGCUGUACGCCUGACUUGUGAAAAAGAUGAGGGACGACCUAAUAGGAGGCUCAAUGAUUUUGUAUUGCAUAAUUCAGAAAGUCUUCCUCAACCUUUUGAAAUGUUGGAAGUCAAUGACAUGUUCAUAACUGGUUUGAUAUUGCCAUUUGAAGAAAUUUCUGACAAGGAAAAGGAAAAGGAAAAGACUGUUAGAUGUGAAGGAUUUGGACGUGUUGAGUCUUGGGACAUCUCUGGUUAUGAAGAUGGUCGUCCAGUGAUAUGGCUUUCAACUGAUGUAGCUGACUACUUCUGCUGUAAACCAGGUGGCAGCUAUAAAAAGUUUUACGAUCAUUUCUUUGAAAAAGCUCGUGCUUGUGUAGAGGUUUAUAAAAAGCUUUCAAAGCCUUCUGGUGGAAAUCCUGACUUAAGUCUUGAUGAGUUGCUUGCUGGUGUUGUUCGGUCAAUGAGUGGAAGCAAGAUCUUCUCUCAUGGGUCAUCAAUUAAGGAUUUUGUCAUUUCCCAGGGAGAGUUUAUUUAUAAUCAACUGAUUGGUUUGGACGAGACAUCAAAGAAUGGCCAGGUAUUUGCAGGGUUACCUGUUCUUACUGCCCUUAAAGAUGAAAGUAGGAAGCGUGAAAAUAUAGGGCAAGGAAUGACAUCAUUUAUUGGUGGGACUCUGACUAUUGGUAGAAAAGGAGAGGGAGAGAGCAAAAUGGAUGAGACAUAUUCAUCUACAUGUACAACCGAGGAAGAUGAGGAUGCAAAGUUGGCAAGACUUUUGCAAGAGGAAGAAUAUUGGAAAUCUAUGAAACAAAAGAAGAAUCAAGGUUCAGCCUCCAUGUCAAACAAAUUCUACAUCAAGAUCAAUGAAGAUGAGAUUGCUAACGAUUAUCCUCUCCCAGCAUACUACAAGAAUUCUAAUGAAGAAACUGACGAGCUUGUAGUUUUUGAAAGUGACAUUGAUGUGUGUGAUCCUGAAGAUCUUCCUCGAAGCAUGCUUCACAAUUGGUCAUUUUACAACUCAGACUCAAGGUUGAUUUCCUUGGAGCUUCUUCCAAUGAAGCCGUGUGCUGACAUUGAUGUUACCAUCUUUGGUUCUGGGGUUAUGACUGCUGAUGAUGGGAGUGGAUUCUGUCUUGAUGAUGACCUUAGUCAGUCGUCUUCAGGUUCUUCAAGUGCAGUGAAUGCUGAUGGGAUUCCAAUUUUUUUGAGUGCUAUUAAGGAAUGGAUGAUUGAAUUUGGAUCAUCAAUGGUUUUCAUAUCUAUCAGGACAGACAUGGCUUGGUAUAGACUUGGAAAACCAUCAAAGCAAUAUCUUCCUUGGUAUGAACCAGUGCUCAAAACUGCAAGGGUUGCGAUAAACAUUAUUACAUUAUUGAAGGAGCAAAGCCGAGUAUCACGCCUCUCUUUCAACGAUGUCAUCAGAAGAGUGUCUGAGUUCAAGAAGGAUAAUCGUGCUUUUAUAUCUACUGAUCCAGCAUCUGUUGAGAGAUAUAUUGUUGUGCAUGGACAAAUAAUACUACAGCUCUUUGCAGAGUUUCCUGAUGAGAAGAUUAAGAAGUGUGCAUUUGUUGUUGGCCUUGCCAACAAAAUGGAGGAGAGACACCAUACAAAAUGGUUAGUAAAGAAGAAGAAAGUUGUACACACAAGUGAACCAAAUCUGAAUCCAAGAGCAGCCAUGAUGCCUGUAGUUUCUAAGAGAAAGGCUAUGCAGGCAACCACAACAAGGCUUAUCAACAGAAUUUGGGGUGAAUUCUAUUCAAACUACAUGCCAGAAGAUUUGAAGGAGGAAGCUAACUGUGAGGUGAAAGAUGAAGACGAAAUUCAGGAAGAAGAGGAAAAUGAAGAUGAUGAUGCCGAUGCUGAUGUUGGUGCUGGUGCUUGUGCUGAUGCUAAAGAAGAUAAAUCAAAUUCAAAGGAGAUUCAGAAGUCUCCUUCUGUAUCAAGGCAAUCUAGACAGUGUUCCAAGGAGGAAGUAAGAUGGGAUGGAGAGCUUGUAAGCAAAACAAGCUCUGGUGAGCCUCUUUAUAAACAAGCCUUUGUACAUGGAGAAGUAGUUGUGGUUGGAAAGGCUAUAUCUAUUGAAGUUGAUUCAUAUGAACUUCCUGCAAUCUAUUUUGUGGAAUACAUGUUUGAAACUUCAAAGGGAAGAAAAAUGUUUCAUGGACGAAUGAUGCAAAGAGGAUCUGAAACUGUACUUGGCAAUGCAGCUAAUGAGAGAGAGGUGUUUCUAACAAAUCAUUGUGGGGAUUUUGAAUUGGAGGAUGUGAAACAGACUGUAGUAGUAGAUAUUCGGGUAAGGCCUUGGGGAUAUCAGCAUCGGAAAGAUAAUGCCAACUUGGACAAACUGGAUAGAGCUGAAGCUGAGGAGCGGAAGAGAAAAGGACUUCCAAUGGAUUAUUAUUGUAAAAGCUUGUAUUGCCCUGAGAGGGGUGCAUUCUUUAAGCUCCCCUUUGAUACAUUGGGUUUAGGUUCUGGAUUUUGCCAUUCUUGCCAAGUUAAGGAAGCUGAGAGGGACAGAGAAAUGUUCACAGUGAAUCCAUUAAAUACUGGUUUUGUAUACAAGGAAACCGAGUACUCUCUCCAUGAUUAUGUCUAUAUAAGCCCACAUGAAUUUUCGGUCGAAAGGGCUCAAACUGAAUACUUCAAGAGUGGGAGGAAUAUAGGCUUGAAGCCUUACGUUGUGUGCCAAGUGCUGGAGAUUAUUGCCCAUAAAGGGCAGAAAAAAGUUGAAAAGGAAUCCACCCAGAUUAAAGUCAGGAGAUUUUUCCGACCAGAAGACAUUUCAGCUGAGAAGGCAUACAAUUCUGAUAUAAGAGAGGUCUAUUACAGUGAAGAAACACAUGUUUUGUAUGUUGAGGCAAUAGAAGGAAAAUGUGAAGUUAGAAAGAAGAAUGACCUUCCAGCUUGCAAUGCUCCAGCAAUCUUUCAUCAUAUCUUCUUCUGUGAUCGCAUAUACGAUCCUUCCAAGGGAUCCUUGAAGCAGUUACCGGCUCAAAUAAAACUAAGGUUCUCAAAUGGAAUUGUGGAUAAUGAAAUUGCAUAUCAAAAGAAAAAGGGAAAGGGUAAACAAGAAGAAAAUGAGUUAGAAGUUGAGAAACAAAAAGAAGCAUCUCAGGAGAACUGCUUGGCUACGUUAGACAUAUUUGCAGGUUGUGGUGGCCUUUCAGAGGGGUUGCACCAAUCUGGUGCAUCAUUAACUAAAUGGGCAAUUGAAUAUGAAGAGCCCGCUGGAGAUGCAUUUAAACUCAAUCAUCCUGAGUCUAUGGUGUUCAUUAAAAACUGCAAUGUGAUUCUUAGGGCUAUUAUGGAGAAGUGUGGGGAUGUAGAUGACUGCAUCUCCACUUCUGAGGCAGCUGAAUUAGCUGCAUCACUUGAUGAGAAAGAGAUUAAUAACUUGCCACUUCCUGGGCAAGUAGAUUUCAUCAAUGGAGGUCCUCCAUGCCAGGGUUUCUCUGGAAUGAAUAGAUUUAACCAAAGUACAUGGAGUAAAGUACAAUGUGAGAUGAUUUUAGCAUUCUUAUCAUUUGCGGAAUACUUCCGGCCUAGAUAUUUCCUCCUAGAGAAUGUGAGGAACUUUGUGUCAUUCAAUAAAGGACAGACAUUUAAGUUAACUCUGGCCUCACUUCUUGAAAUGGGUUAUCAGGUGAGGUUUGGUAUUUUGGAAGCUGGAGCCUAUGGAGUUUCCCAGUCAAGAAAACGAGCAUUCAUGUGGGCAGCUUCCCCUGAAGAGACACUUCCUGAAUGGCCAGAGCCAAUGCAUGUCUUUGCCGCUCCUGAGUUGAAAGUCACAUUAUCACAUAAUUUGCAGUAUGCAGCUGCAAGAAGUACUGCAAGUGGAGCCCCUUUUCGUUCAAUUACUGUAAGAGAUACAAUUGGUGAUCUUCCAGCUGUAGGAAAUGGGGCCUCAAAGAUAAAUUUGGAGUAUCAAAGUGAACCCAUCUCAUGGUUUCAAAAGAAAAUCCGAGGAGACAUGGCUGUCCUUACCGAUCAUAUAUCAAAGGAAAUGAAUGAACUUAAUCUGAUUCGGUGUCAAAAGAUUCCAAAGCGACCAGGUGCAGAUUGGCAUGAUCUUCCAGAUGAGAAGGUAAAACUUUCUACUGGACAAUUGGUAGAUUUAAUACCCUGGUGCCUACCAAAUACAGCCAAAAGGCACAAUCAAUGGAAAGGGCUAUUUGGAAGGUUGGAUUGGGAAGGGAACUUCCCAACUUCCAUCACAGACCCUCAACCAAUGGGCAAGGUUGGAAUGUGCUUUCAUCCUGAACAGGACAGGAUCUUGACCGUUCGUGAAUGUGCUCGGUCUCAAGGUUUCCCAGAUGGCUACAAGUUUUCUGGUAAGAUUCAAGACAAGCAUCGGCAGAUCGGAAAUGCGGUUCCUCCUCCUUUGGCAUUUGCAUUGGGAAGGAAACUGAAGGAAGCAUUGGACAGUAAAAAGUGUUAAGUAAUUGCAAUUGUAGUUGAUGGAUGUUGUUGGGACUUCCACAGUUGAUGGAUGCGGUUCCUCCUUUGGCAUUUGCAUUGGGAAGGAAACUGAAGGAAGCAUUAGACAGGAAAAAGUACAAGUAAAAUUGCAUUGGGAAGGAAACUGAAGGAAGCAUUAGACGGUAAAAAGUGCAAGUAAUUGCAAUUGUAGUUGAUGGAUGUUGUUGGGACUUCUACAGUUUACCAAUUUGAAAAAAGACCUAUGUCAUAAUUCAUUGAUAAAAGUUGAGUAGGGGUGAGCG